UAAUGCAUCUAUGGUUGAAGAAAAUAAUUUUGAACAGGCCAAUGCAAUGAAUAGUUUCAAUCAAAGGCCUAGAAAUGACCAGUACUCUAAUUCUUAUAAUCCGAGUUGGAAACACCAUCCUAAUUUUUCUUGGAAUAAUAAUAACCAGAAUAAUUUUCAACCAAUUGCUCCACUUCAACCAAAAAAACCAUAUUAGGAGGAUUCUUUGAAUACUUUUAUACAUGCAUGCAAUAGACAGCAAGAAGCAAAUGACCAGCGGUUCCAGAUGCAACAAGAAGUAAACGAUCGACGGUUCCAACAGACUGAGGCAUCACUUGCCAAAACUGAAGCUUCACUUGCCAGAAAUGAAGCUUCCAUGAGAAAAUUGGAAUACUUCUACAAGGCCAUGUGCCACGUCGAAGCUAAUGAAGUGGAACCUAAUCAAAGCCCAAUAAAAGAGGGGAGUGUCGAAGGAGAUUCAAUCACAGACUGUAUGGAGAAAAUCAAAGAAAAACACCAUCCCUCAAUUGAAGUUGACAUUCCGCCCAAGCUGGAACUAAAACCUCUUCCUAAUUCUUUAAAAUAUGUUGUUUUAGGUCCAAAUAAUACCUAUCCUGUAAUAAUUGCCUUUAACCUUUCACAGGAACAAUAAACAAAGUUGCUAGAGGUCUUAAAAAAAUAUAAAUGUGCAAUUGAUUGGACAGUAAGAGAUAUUAAAGGAAUAAGUCCAACGGUUUGUAUACAUCGGAUCUUACUUAAAGAAGGGGCAACUCCUGUCCGUCAACCUCAGCGCAGGUUAAACCCGAAUAUGAAGGAGGUUGUACAUGCAGAAGUCCUAAAGUUGUUGGACUCAGGUAUUAUUUACCCAAUCUCAAACAGUCAAUGGGUAAGUCCAGUUCACGUAGUGCCAAAAAAAUCUGGAAUUACUGUGGUCACUAAUGAAAAAA